UAAAAAUAAUAAUAAAUAUGAGUGGUGCCGGCUAAGGCGGCAUUUUUCUUUCCUUUCUCAGCGAGAGUGUGACUCAUACAACAACGUAUUCUUCAACAAUUCUUCUCUAUACUCUCAUGUCACCACCUAAGUCCAGGCAGUCCAAAACUUGUGAAAGAACAAGAAAAAGAGAAAGAGGAUAAUGAGUGGGGAAGGAAAGGUGGUGUGUGUGACAGGUGCUUCUGGUUACAUCGCUUCAUGGAUUGUCAAGUUCCUCCUCCAACGUCGUUACACCGUCAGAGCCACUGUUCGUGACUUGGCAGGUAAUCCCAAAAAGGUUGACCACUUGACUAAACUUGACGGUGCAAAGGAGAGGUUGCAUCUUUUUAAGGCUGAUCUUUUAGAAGAAGGUUCCUUUGACUCUGCUGUUGAGGGCUGUGACGGUGUCUUUCAUACUGCUUCACCAGUUCGUGUUGUCGUAAAAGACCCACAGGUUGAGUUGAUUGAUCCGGCAGUGAAGGGAACUCUUAAUGUUCUUAAAUCAUGUGCGAAAUCACCAUCUGUGAAACGAGUCGUCUUUACUUCUUCUGUUGCUGCAAUUGCAUAUAACACAAGGCCGAAGAAUCCCGAAGUGAUAGUUGAUGAGACAUGGUUUUCAGAUCCAGAUUUCUGUAGGGAAUCACAGUCGUGGUACGUACUUUCAAAAGCUUUAGCUGAGGCCGCUGCCUGGGAAUUUGUAAAUGAAAACAAGAUUGACAUGGUUGUUAUUAACCCAACAAUGGUUGCUGGACCUCUCUUACAACCAGAGGUUAACGAAAGUGUUCAAUCAAUUUUAAACCUAAUAAAUGGUAUACCUUUUCCAAAUUAUGCUUUUGGAUGGGUGAAUGUGAAAGAUGUUGCGAAUGCUCAUAUUCACGCAUAUGAGAUUGCUUCAGCUAGUGGAAGAUAUUGUUUGGCUGAGAGAGUGGUACACCAUUCAGAACUUGCUAACAUUUUACAAGAUCUGUACCCAACAUUACAAAUUUCUGACAACUUUGAAACUAUGCAGUCUGCAAUUUUAUCAGGUGUGAGAAUGAAGAGACAUAUAUGACAACGUAUCAGAUUUCCAAGGAAAAAGCUAAACGCUUGGGAAUAGAGUUUACUCCUUUGGAAGUCAGCCUCAAGGAGACAGUGGAAAGCUUCAGGGAGAAAAAGAUUGUGGACUUUUAAUCAGCCUCAACAUUCCACUUAUUCAAUAAAGACAUGACAAGAUGUUAGUGUCAUUUGAUCUAUGAAAUGGAAGUGAAUCCCAUCUAGCAGAAUAAGUGACUUAUGAUUGUUGUUGAAUAGAAGUUGAUAACUUCAAUUCCGUUCACUUUGGUAUUAUUAUAAAUUCUGUUGUUGAGGAGAAAUUGCCAUUGUAAAAUAAGGUGUGUAAAGUUUGUAUUUAAUCAAAAUGGGUCAAUAUUGUUCCACAAUAGAAUAAAGUUUAGAAUUGAGUUUAAAAGGCAUGCAGUAAACCGGUUUUAUCUUCAAGCAAAAACAGUUUGAUA